CAACGAAUGGCAAUGAAUCAGAAUAAUAUGUUGAUGUUGAAGCAUGAUUGGAAUUCAUUGUAGCUGUUUCUUUUACGGAAAUGUUGGGAACCACUGGACCAGCCGAUCACCUUUUUAACGGUUGAUUCAAAUAUUCAGUAGUUGCACUGAACGAAAAUACCCGCCAUGAAUUGAAUGAUUUUUGCCUCAUCCGAGCCCCAUGCCUAUUAUCAGACAAGAUUCGGAUGAUUUUUAUUCGAUGCAGCUUCCUUCAAAAUCAAAACAAUGUGAAUGACGAUUAUCCCAAAACAGGAUGAUUUUCAUUACUUUUUGAGAAGAAAAUUAUUGAAUGAUAUUCAUUGCUUUCCCGAUUUAAUUUGAUGUGGGUUUGUUUUCAGUAAAAAUUUGAAUUGAAUGAAAAUAAAACCUCAAUAAAGAUACCCAAAUAUUGAACCAUUUCAUCAAUUAUUUAUUCAUAUAUAAAUUUAUUACAUGCUAUUCAAAUUUUUUGGAUCCGGCGUGAUAACGAGGCGCAAAAUCGAAGCAAAAUAUCCUGUAAUUGAAUAAGAAUUUAUCAAUUGACCAUGUUUAAAAUUCCUUCAAUGAACAAAAUAUAUGCCAUUCUUACAAGGGGUCGGUCACUCGGCACAUUGUGCCCGGGCACACUUCGGCACACAUCGGCACACUGGCCGGCACACUUCGGCACACUUGCCGGCACAUUUCAGCACGCUCUAACACAUAAUUAUAAAUAGCAGUGCAUUGAUUAAAUUAAAUGGGAGCACUGUCGCUUUCUGUCACUGCGACUGUUGCAGCUAGACUUAAAAGUAAACAGAUCGUUGGGCAAAUUCAAGAAAUUAGUUCGGCCAAGACUUCGGCUCUUGAAAUAUCAUUAUUUAAGGACUACAAUUAAAGGAACCUGCUUCAAUUUAAAAAUGGACCACUCCGUAAUAGACAUGGUAAGUAUGUACGUGAUUUUUGCGAUCCAACAUGGCCAAAUUGACUUGUUAUUGAUGCAUCAAAUUGAGCAAAAAAAAAUCAUCGAUCUUAUUUACUGGUGAUAUGAUAACAAGGCCUUUGCCAGUCCUAGAACAUUUUACAUGCUGUAGAGAUCGGAAAGGAUUGAUACAUUAUGAAUCACUUUAAUUUAUUUUAGGAUUUUUUCUGGACGAAACUUGAGGAAGAAUAUGGCGCAAUAAACCUGCAUCUUAAAAAUAUCCUCAACAUAAACAACCUAUGCAGCCAAUCUCUGGCGAGACUUACGCGAGAAACUAUCAAACUCAUUGAGGAGGAUAUGCGUGGGAUGGUGGAGAGCUUAAAAGAAGAAGCUUUAGCAGGAGGAAUUCCAUUGAGAGAGAUUUACGGCAGGAAUUACGCAUUGCAGCCCGAGAACUUCCGGUUUACUGAAGGGGAAACCUUAUGCCUCCUUGAUUUAGCAGGCAUCAUCAACCGCUGCGGGAUCAGCAAAUUUUUGAAGAAAAUCAAGCGUAAAAAUGCACAGAAACCACAGAUAAUUCCUAAUGACGAACGACACAAGGACUUGGAAUUGGAGAAUCAUGUCCAAAGACUGCAAACCAAAAUUUGGGAUUACUUUUCGUCCCUGUGAGUGUAACCAAAGACCUGCACUGCCGUUCUACGCCCAAUUCAAGGGGAAUGACAUAUCCUUUUCUAACCGGAAUAUCCGCAUUUAUCCGUUUCUAACCGUCGCUAACCGUUGCUAAGCGAGCUGCUAAGUGAGCAGAAGUUAGACGUGGUUAGCGACGGUUAGAAACGGAUAAAUGCGGAUAUUCCGGUUAGAAAAGGAUAUGUCAUUCCCCUUGGCCCAAUUGUCCUAUGUUACAUGGGAGUCCCAUAAAGCAUGGGACAGUUAUGCAUAGAACGGCAGUAAAGAUGUCAUGCUAUACAUAUUUCUCAUAUUUACCACAAUUAUGCUUAUCCAACAAUUUCAAACCUACUUUCAAACUACCCUUGCUAUACAGACUCUGAAGCAGAUCCUUAGGUAGAUCUCAAUAAGAACCAUUUGAUGCACAUUUAUGCAAGUGUACUGAAAGUCACUUUGUAAUAAAGUCGAGAAAAUUUUCAUUACGAGAAGUUCCCACACUGACCAGAAAUGGAACUCAUAUUUUAAGCAUGGUCGUGAAUCAUUUGUUCCUAACUUCCUUGAUUUUCAUUUGAUGCAAAAUUCCAGUCCAUAUUAAUUUGAAUAUGCUUCAUUCUUCUUACAUUUCUAUCGUGAGCAGCUGUGACAUUAAAGAGUGAAGCAAAAUCACUAGAUACAUAUAAAUAUUAGUUUAGAUUAUACAUUAUUGAAAAAAAUUACAUAUAGCUAUAAUAAUAUAUUCAUAAAAUACCAUUAGAAUUUUGCUCGAAAAUAUUAAAGUUUCAACUUUAUUUUAUUGUAAUGCAUAAUAAGUAUUGUAAAUUAAAUAAAAAAAAAACUUUGUUUUUGUUAAAAGCUGACUUUUUAAUUGUUAUGAUGAAACAAUGUGUACUUAUUCAUUUUUGAAAUCAUUUCGCCUAUCUGUUUCUUUUUGUAGAAGCUGUCAGGACGGUGCUUUUGAUAGCUUUCGAGAAAAAAUGCAAGAUCUUCGAGUAGAAGCAUACACUACAAGCGGCAAAAUCCACGCUCACGUGACCUGUCCCAUUUGUGAUGACAGUAAGCAGUCUAAAAUUUCCCUCAACAUGGACACAACAGGCAGUUGGCAUAUUUUUGCUUUCAAACGGCACUGUAAAACAUUUCACAUCCAGACACCGCACUCAUCUAAACAGAAACGCCGUAGUGUCACACCAGUUGCUACUGACGAUGCUAACGAGAACGAUUGUCCAAUAAAACGACCUUCCCUGGAAUCCACUGGUAUCGGAACUGCAUGUGGUAUAUUAAAGCGUUUAAAUGAAGUGGUGCACACAAACUUCUAAACCAAUUGAAUGUUUCAGACUUUGAACUUACGACGUCUAGCAUGGAUCCACCUCAUCUGGAUACAGCUGGUACGGAAAUAGAUCCGCUGCACCUCGAUGAAGCAGAAACCGAAAUUGGACCUGCAGAAUACCUUGACGACACCGUAAGCUCAAGUACAGGUGAUUUACAGGCCGAAAAAAUUCACGAGUAUAAUGUGUCUGAUACCAAGGGCAAAUAUUUUGAUGAAACCGUGUAUGACUCCCAAGAUGAUUACCAUGGUGAUGCUAUAGAGGCACACGAGAACGAUAGCUGGGAUCGAAACACUAAGGAGCACGGAUACGCAAAAGAACACGAGAGCAAAGAUGUUAAGGAGAGCUCAAAGGACCACGAAAUCGUAGAAGAACAAGUGGAACAAAAACAUGAAGGUCAUUCAACCGCUACAAGAUACCCGGAAAAUUAUACUGGAAGCCAAUUCAUUGGACAUGUCACAAGAAAAAGUUCAAGCCCUCUUCCUGACUUACAUGUUCAGAUGGAUUCGAGAUCAAAAUUAUGUAAGCCAAAUGGAAUACGGUACACGGAACCUGAGCUAGAUGCAGCUGCAUACGAAUUGAUGGCUGGUGGCAAUAGCAACUAUCAAUUUAUAAAGGCAAAUAUGCAGCUGCCUAGCUCAAAAACAUUGAAGCGACAUAUCGCAAAGCAUACUACAGAGACUCAGGAAGGAAUCCUAAUGGUGACACCUCUACUGAAGUAUUUGAACGCGCACAAUUAUCCUCUAGUGGUUUCCUUAAGCGAAGAUGGAACAACGCUUUCGCCCAACCCAGAAUACGAUUCAAGAAAUGACUCAAUUCGUGGCCUGGUGGCUCCGUUGGACCAUUCCGGUAUGCCUGAACAGGAUACAUUUAACGCCAGCACGGUUGAAAAAAUGAUUAAUGACCUUGAGCGCUAUUCUGUGGGUGAAUACCUUUACAUCGUAAUGGCAACACCAAUGGCCGUUGGAGCAUUACCAUUCUGCAUUUUGUAUAUGUGCAGUGAUAACAGGUUCACACAUGACCAAGUCAUUUCACGUUGGAAUUAUAUAGAAUCCGAGCUACUAAAAGCUGGAAUAACUGUCAUUGCUAACGCGUCCGAUGGUGAUCCGCGGCUUCUCAUGGCUAUGAGACAAAGAUCAACUCUUCAUGCACUUCACGUGGGAUCGGAAUCACAAUAUGGUCCCCACUUUGCUAUGAAUAACGAUUUCAAACUUGAUUUCAAAGCUAUUUCCAUCCAGGGCAGUAUUCACUUAGUUAAUAAAUUUCGUCAUUCUUUGCUAGAUCCAAAAAAGCAAAUGCGCUUAGGUAAUGAUAUUCUAUUUACAUUAUUAUAAAACACCUUAUGACUUCUUUACCUAAUUUUUUUUAUUUACUCUUUACUUUACUUUAGGAGACUACGUAAUUUCAUCAGCUGUUCUCAAACAAAUGAUGGAAAAUGGUCAAAAAAUGAUUCACAAACUAAACCCUUCAGAUUUGAACGCGGCGGACCGAAUGAA